AGAGGUCGGGUGGGAGGAAUGUGGUCCGAGGGGAUGCUGGUGGGUUUGGUUACCGGCGCGGCUCUCCUCUUCCUCUCCCUGGUGCUGGUAGUGAGGCAGCUGCUGAAGCAGAAGAGACCCGCUGGCUUUCCGCCCGGUCCGGCGGGGCUCCCUCUCAUCGGCAGUAUCCAUUUCCUGGCCACGGAGCAGCCUCACGUCUACAUGAAGAGGCAAAGUCAGCUGUACGGGCAAGUAGGUUCGGAGGGACCGCGGCGGAUCAAAAGGAUCUUUAGUCUUGAUCUCGGAGGCAUAUCAACUAUUGUACUGAAUGGCUAUGAUGCAGUAAAAGAAUGCCUUGUUCAGCAAGGUGAAGUUUUUUCAGAUAGGCCUUCUCUGCCUUUGUUCAAGAAGCUGACAAAAAUGGGAGGUUUGCUGAAUGCAAGAUAUGGCAGAGGUUGGACAGAGCAUCGCAAAUUAGCAGUUACUAGCUUUCGAAAUUUUGGAUAUUGUGAAAAGUCCUUUGAAAGCAAAAUAACAGAAGAAUCAAUUAUUUUUCUUGAUGCCAUUGAUACUUACAAAGGCAAGGCUUUUGAUCUAAAGUACUUGAUAACAAACGCAGUUUCAAACAUUACUAACUUAAUUAUUUUUGGAGAACGAUUUACCUAUGAAGACACUGAAUUUCAGCAUAUGAUGGAAAUAUUCAGUGAAAAUAUUGAAUUGGCUGCCAGCGCUUCAGUAUUUUUAUACAAUGCUUUCCCAUGGAUUGGUAACUUACCCUUUGGAAAACAUCAACAACUUUUUAGAAAUGCUGCUGAAGUCUAUACUUUUUUACUCAACCUUAUUCAGCGCUUCUCACAGAACAGGAAGCCUCAAGCACCGCGACAUUUUGUAGAUGUAUAUUUAGAUGAAAUGGAUAAGAAUAAAAAUGAUCCCGAAUCUGUAUUUUCAAUGGAAAAUUUGAUCUUUUCGGUUGGAGAACUCAUAAUUGCUGGAACAGAAACUACAACAAAUGUUCUAAGGUGGGCGGUCUUGUUCAUGGCUCUUUAUCCUAAUAUUCAAGGUCAUGUGCAUAAAGAAAUUGACUUAGUCAUUGGUCCCAACAAAACAGCAUGCCUAGAAGAUAAGUGUAAAAUGCCAUAUACGGAGGCAGUGCUACAUGAAAUUUUAAGAUUCUGUAAUAUAGUUCCAUUAGGUAUUUUUCAUGCAACUUCUAAGGAUACAGUUAUUCGUGGUUAUUCUAUUCCUCAAGGCACUACUGUAAUCACAAAUCUCUAUUCUGUACAUUUUGAUGAAAAAUACUGGAGUAAUCCUGAAAUGUUUUGUCCUGAAAGAUUUUUGGACAGUUCAGGACAGUUUGUCAAGAAAGAAGCAUUUAUUCCCUUUUCACUAGGACGAAGACACUGUUUAGGAGAGCAGCUGGCCAGAAUGGAAAUGUUUUUAUUUUUUACAGCAUUACUUCAAAGAUUCCAUCUACAUUUUCCUAGUGCUUUGGUUCCAAACCUUAAGCCAAAAUUUGGUAUGACGCUGCAACCUCAUCCAUAUCUCAUUUGUGCAGAGAGACGAUAUUAAAUAUUACCAUGACAGCCACAGAGGCAUGGGGAAAUGAUGAGCAAAGCCCACUCCUUACUAUCACUGAUGAUAUUACUUAGUUGGGUAAUGACUCCUCAUGUCAACCCUGAGCUACAAAUAUUCUCUCUAGAUAUUGUAAGCCUAUCUUGUUUUUUUUUCUUUGAUACUCUCCUAUUAAAAAUACUAUCAUAUUAGAUAACUGUUAAAAAUAGAAUGGCAAUAAUGUUCAGAAUUUUACAGCUUGGACCUCUUUCAUAAAUAAAAGAAAGAUGUAUUUUAUAUGGAGUAUUUAUUAAAUACAUAUAAGGGAGUAUUAGAAGGAAGUGUAAUCUCUUAUGAGAUAUUUUAAAUAUCACUAUUAAUAUAUUUAAUUCUGUUUUUGUAAAAUAAAGGAAGCAAUAAAUUGUACAAAAAAAAUCUUAUGUCUACAAAUUUAAUGAUUGGCUGAAAUAGCAUUAAAGUGUGUGUACAUGGUUUUAUUAUUUGUAUUUCACCAAAAAAGAAAGUGAAAGAAGAAAAUUUGGGGGAAAGUAUUACAUUUUUGAGCAGAUGUGCAAGACAUCCUAUAUCCAUAUUAUAUAAAGUUCUUUUGAGUAUUCGAAUUGAAUUUUCUCUUCAUCAGAUAUGUAAUAUCCAUUUAUAAUAUAAAGCAAAGAUACUGCAACUGAGGGAAAGAAAUGCUGUUUUUUCAAUUGAAACAGUUACGCUAUAGCAAGGGUCUUCAAACUUGGCAAGUUUAAGACUUGUGGACUUCAACCAGUGGUGGGAUUCAAAAUUUUUUACUACCGGUUC